GGUUUACUAGAAACAAAUCAGAAGCUUUACGGAUAAAUGUUUUGUCUUCUUUGUUACUGUUGUUGGUCUAUUGGAAAACCUGUUGCGGACGUUAUUUGAUCGUGGCUGACAUUGGAAAUCAACAUUAACAAACAAAAACUUGCAAGCAUAAAUCAUGUGAAACAAGUCAAGAAAACGCAUGAAUUUUCAAAGAUUUCAAAUCUCGACGGAGGAAACGUCAUUCAUUGAAGACCAUGUCUAGAAGGGGAAUCCCAUGUGUUUUUGAUUGGAGAAGUGUUUUACGAGGAAGACAAAACAAAGUUACUGUGAAGCACAUCACUCUGAAGCCGGCUUAAUGUCGACUGUUGUGUACAAUUCCGCUUACAACUAUAACAAAUUAUGUACAAGGAGGUCUCGAACUCGGAAGUUCAAUUUGAAUAUGUACUGGUAUAGAAACCUAUACCGCCGACAACGGCAGCUUGAACACUACUGGACCCUGUAUCAUAACCCGUUAGAAGAUAUGGAAACUCCUUUCUUGAGCUUCUCCAACCCGAAUUACCAGUUUAACAGUCACAUAAGCACUAAAAAGAGCCAGUCUUUAAAAGACCAGAACAACACUGACGAUAUUAACAUCAUGUCCCUAGCAACAGAAAAACAAGAGAAGUCUAAACUUCUAAAUGAUGAACUGCCGUCUCAGAACUCAAUCGAGGAUGAUGAAAAUGCCUCAGUCAAAAGUGAUGAGAUUGUUUCAGAUGAGGAAAAUGAUAUUGUUGAAGCCAAUUCAAAACUUCUGUCAGAAGACAACGAUGAUGAAAAAUUAGAUAAUACCGAAUGUGUGAAUAUGACUUACGGUGAAAAACCAAAAGGAAUUUUGGCAUAUAUUUCUCUAUUAGAACAAAGUGCAAAACAAAGAAGUGAAAGACGCAAAAAGGAGCUAGAGAAUACAGAAAAUUACAUGGAUGAAUGUGAUAGCGGCGAUACAACACCAUCGUUAUCGGAGAAUAUCCGACAGAAAACAUUUGCCAAUGCUGGGUUUGACAUAAACUCCCCGGACUCCAAUGACAGCGGAAUUCAAUCCGAUGCCCGAUCAGAUGAUGGAAUCUCAAACACGCAUAACUCAAUCAGUGAAGAUCUGUAUGCCAUUACCAACAAAUCGUACCUUGCACGGAAUGAUGAGAAUGAAGACUCAGAGGAAGUAACGCCCACACAGACAGAGGAGGUGGAGGGAGAUGGAGCUGAUGGAGAGGAAACAGAAACAUUGCCCCCUGGUUGGGAGAGAUGUGAAGAUGAAGAUGGUCCAUACUUCUGGCACAUUAAGAGUGGAACGAUCCAGAGGGAGCCACCAUCGCCAGCGCCACCAGAUAUGAAGGAAACACUACGAUCUAUAUCCAUCAAUAGUGACUCUAGUACUGUAUCGGUAGAUUCGCUAGCGUCAACUCCGUCCAGUUCAAGUACGGAAGAUCACCUACACGAGUUUGAAGAUCAUGCCUUGCAAUACGCUGUCAAAUCUCUCAAAAAUCUAUCCACUCUACAGAGGAACUCCAGAUAUGGUGAGAACAGUACUGAGAAACCUGUCAGAUAUGCUGUCAGUUCAUUGGGCUGGGUACCGAUAGCGGAAGAGGAUCUGACUCCUGAACGAAGCAACAAAGCCGUCAACAAGUGCAUCAUGGAUCUUACCCUGGGGAGAAAUGAUAUCAAUGAUGUCGUCGGAAGAUGGGGAGAUGGGCAAGAUCUGUACAUGGAUUUAGAUAUGGAGAGCCUGAGAUUGAUAGAUACACAAGACAUGUCAGUACUCAACUAUCAGCCUAUACAUACCAUACGUGUCUGGGGUGUAGGCAGAGAAAAUGGAAGGGAUUUUGCGUAUGUUGCACGUGACAACCUAUCCAAGAACUACAUGUGUCACGUGUUCCGUUGUGACACACCAGCACGUCACAUAGCAAACACACUACGAGACAUCUGUAAGAAGAUUAUGAUGGAGAGAACCCUUCAGCAGAAUGCUCUCAAUAGACUCACCAGGCCCACAGACUUGCCAAAUAUUGAACCUGUAACCACUCAAAGUAAUGGGGAAAAAGUUACCUUCCAGAGUUUAUACACCAAUACAUCAUUUCCAACUCCGAUGGAGGAACCGAAGAAGAUACUAAGAUGUCAUUAUGUAGGAUCUGAUUUAGUAUCCAAACCGACAGGAAUGGAUGUAUUGAAUUCAGCAAUAGAUAAAAUGGUAGAGAAAGUUCCGCCUGAGAAAUGGCGAUAUGUUGGAGUGGCAGUGGCGCCAUCUACCAUAACUAUAGCAGAACAUGGGAAUCCAGACAGUAAGAUAGAGGAGUGUAGAGUGCGAUACUUGUCUUUCAUGGGAAUCAGUAUGACCAAUGUCAAAUUAUGCGCAUUUAUUGUUCACAAGGCUGAGGAUAAAUUCUAUGUACACGUGUUCCACAGUGAUCCGAAUGCUGGUGUCCUAUGUAAAACCAUAGAGGCUGCCUGCAAGCUAAGAUAUCAGAAGUGUUUGGAUGCUCAGCAUCGUUACCUUGGAAAACAGAAAGAAAGGAAAAAUAGGCUUGAUGACGAAGAUGACACGCCCACGGAGCAUAAAUCACUGAAGGAGAGCCUGAUCACUGUUCAGACAGAGGUCAAACAAGGGGUACAGAAGGUCAGCAGUUCGGUAAAACCCGUAUUAAACACUGUACAGAACGGAAUGAAAAACAGUGUACAUUCUGUAAGUGCAGGAUUAAAGACUGGUGUCCAUGGAAUGCAGUCGGGUGUAAAAGCAGGAGUUCAGAGUGUAUCAAACUUAUGGACAGCGUUCCGGAGCAGGCGGUCGGAGCAGGUGGAAAAUAACCAGAGACAAGAACAGGAACAAGAAUCUUAACAGUUCUAUUAUUUAGUCUUCUAGAUACAAGUUUUAGGGUGUGAAAGCUGGCUUGAAGAAUAUGAUGACCACACUAAAAUCGCCAACAAUCAUCCAGAAGAUCUUCACAGAUCGUGUCUGUGUAGGUGAUAAAGAGGAUUAAAGUUCAAGGUCAUGGAGCUUCAGAAAGGUCAUAUGAUGAUCAUUUGACAGUUUUUGACCUUUGAGAGGUCAAGGUCAUAGAACUUCAGAAAGAGGUCAUGUGACGAUUUGACAGUUUGUAACCUUUGCGAAAAGUUGUAAGCACCAAAUAAUUUGAUGAGUUGAAAUGCAUGUACGUUUGAACUUGUACAAGAAUUGCUUAUUGUAGCAGUGUCAUUCUUGAUUUGCAAGCAAAAUCCAUCCAAUCAUAUGUCAGAUCACAUGCAAUUUUAUCUAUGCUUAUGCGAAUACCAGUAUAUGUUGAAGACACAAGGCUUUCUCACUCAUCAUAAAUCAUUCAUGAAAUAAAUUGUUUGAUGUUCAUCUAGAUUUGCAGAAUUUGUAAAUGGUUUGCAUUGAAGAUGACCAAAACAUAUGUUGAUAAGAUAUUUUUCAAUUUACAGGAACUGGAAAGUAAUUCUUCUCUUUUGGUGUGUUGGGUGGUGGGGGGCAUAGGGGCAGUGGAAGUUUUUUUGCUAAACUAGAUGAAAUGCUAUCAUUAAAAAAACAAUGCUUAUAUUCAUAUAUGUUUACCAAAGAACAGCUUUACCAGAGCUAAAGAUAUUUGUUAGGCAAAAAAAAAAAUUACUUGUUCUCCAAAUAUACUGUCACACCUACAGUAUUACAUUAUCUACAAUGCCAUAGAAAACUGAAGAUUUGAUAUGUUUUUCAACCCAUUGAGAUACAUGUAGUCACACUUAAAAUGGUUUUCUGUCACUUAAUGUCAAAGACAUUUGUACUCAAAAGUUGUGAAGCGAUUUCUCUUUAAACAUAUUGUUGUGACACUGAUGAAAUACACUCAUUUUGAUAAAGUGGUUUGAAAUGUGUAAAAUACAUAUAUGUAUAAUGUAUUAUUUCAAAGUACAUACAAUUCACCAAAUGUAUUGUAAGAGAUGUGUUGCCUACAAGUAUAUUGACUGCCCUGUAAAUACUCCAGUAUAUAGGAAAGUGUGUCACUUUGUACAUAUAGUAACUAUCUAGAGUUUGUUUUUUUAAUGGUACAGAUAUUACAUUCUUCAAUACUGUACUUUGUGAUAUUUUGGAAAUGACUUACAAUUGGCAUAAUUGGCCACCACUGUGAAGUAGCUGAAAUUGAGCAUAUGAAAAUAAUACAUAAAUAAAAUAAAACCACAGUGUUGGUAUAUUGUUUUCUUGCAGAAUUUGACUGCAAUUUUUUUCUGAAUAUAAUGAAUAUUUUUGUUUAAUAAAGAACAUCUGAGCCGUGCCAUGAGAAAACCAACAUAUUGCAUUUUUGACCAGCAUGGAUCUAGACCAGCCUGCGCAUCUGCACAAUCUGGUCAGGAUCCAUACUGUUCGCUUUCAAAGCCUAUUGCAAUUAGAAGAACUGUUAGUGAACAGCGCGGAUGCGCGGGCUGGUCUGGAUCCAUGCUGGUCGCAAAUGCACUAUGUUGGUUUUCUCAUGGUGCAGCUCAUCUAUACCCUUCCUUUUACUUCAAAUAAAUGAUACAAAGUUUGUAGCUGAUAAAGAUUGUUAAGUUCAAAAGAAAUUUGAUGAAGUUUAAGGUAUAUUUUAUUCUAUACUUUGGUGAAGAUACAACGUUUUCUUUGUGAAUAUUUUAUUUGAUCCUUAGUCUAUCACAUACAUGAUGUAACUGUUACUGUUAAGUCUGUGAUUUUUCUUGUUUAAGUUAUAUAACUGUUGGAUGAUAAAUGUUGGUAACUUGUUGUAAGAAAUCGGUUGUCUCCCUUUUCCAAUAAAACCUUUGAAACCUAUGUAAUUCACAGGAAAUAAAUUUCAGUCAAUGUGUAGUGUACAUAGUUUCACAGAAGGAGAUAUAUUUAGACUUUAAAUGUCAAAUAAUGAAGUGUGGUCACGAAUUUGCAUGUGAUGUCAUGUGCACCUGCCAGGGUGGCUCGGUAAAUAAAUCACAAGAAUCACUGAAACAAGAGGUUGCAGGUUCAGUGUUGGGGCAAGGUGUAUGUUCUCUAUGACAGAAGACAAUACGUCCAAAGUCUUUGUCCUCCAUGUCUGAGUCAUGUGGAGAAGUUGUCAGUUACUUGCAAAGAACAAGUCUGUACUGUUGCAGAAUACAGGAACACUGCAGAAUAGAGGAACACUGAUUAGGUUAAAUGCCCACCAUUACAUAAACUGAAAUUCUGUCUAAACACUGCCUCAAGCUGCAAUGGAACAAACACUUUUGCAAUAUAUAUUUUUCUUAUGAAGCUUUACCAGUAUUACACUAUACAGCUUGCAUUGGAGUGAACUAUAUAUAAUUAUGAAGAAAGCCACUAGCAAGUAUUGUUAAGAUUUUCGUUAAAAUGACUUAUUUAUACAGUUGAUUGUUUUAUAUCUUUGUUAAUGUAUUGAAGUUUAUGCAUUUUGUAUUGUCAUUGAACAGGUUCUGUUGAAUACAUUCCUGCUUUAUGUAUAUAAAACGCUUGCUUUAUACUGACAGCCUGCCAAGCAGAUAUUUGUGUAUUUCAUGUUUUUUGAAUUUUUGCAAUAUUUUCUGUAUUUACCCCAAACUCUAAACCUAUAUUUCUUAACAAAAUUUACCAAUUCUCCUAUUGUUACGGAUAUUUCACAACUUGUUUUACUCACCUGAUAAAGUUCAUUUAUAUAUUAUCAGUUACAAACCAACACUUCUUUUAGAAAAUAUGUAUAUACAGCUACCUAGAACAGACAACAGCCGACCUUUAAUUGGCUACUACUUUACAAUGUUGCACCAAAUUGCAGUUUUAAUAGUGUAGUGUAUAUAUGGCAGCCGGAAAGGUGUGUAUUCUUGAAAAGGGUUAAACCAGUUACAGUAGUGGUGUUUUGACCAAAAUUCUUCUGAUUGACUUGCAGAAUCCAUCCAAUUAUAUGUCAGAUUACUUACAAGUUUAUCUGUGCUUAUACUGAUUAACUUAUAUUUUCAUAUUUUCUUUCAUUAGAAUUUUUGAUUAUGUAAACAAAAAGGUGCAAUAAGGGCUUAAAACUUGGUUGUGUAUUUACUGGUACUUGUGUAGUUUAUUGAGAAACUUAUUUGAUGAAGCGCAAUAUUCAUGACCUGAUGUUGCAAUGGUUUGAAACUUAUUAGUAUGUAUUUAAACAAUACUGGGAUUGAAAUAGUUCAUCUAGCUUCCAUUUCAUUGCUACUGAUUUGUUUUUACCAUUAUAAUAGCUGUAAACAUUACUCUUUAACUCUAAAUUUACCAAAUCUCAUAAUUCCUUACUUUAUUCUAAUAAGAGCAGACUUUGGUCCAGUGGUAACAUAUUGGAGUGCAUAACAAGAAGUUUUGAGUUUGAUCCUCCAUUUCUCCAACUGAAAUUAGUUAACAUUCAGAUAAGUGUCUUUAUAUGAGUGAAUUACACCCGAAACACAAAAAGAAACCAGGGAAACUUCUGGAAUCUGAACGCCUUUUCUAUCCUUUUAACUAAAUUACUAACAUUCUGGAGGAGUCUCUCAUACAGAUCACAGGUGACAUAUAUUAAGAUUAGAUACACACAAUUUAUAGCCAGAUUUUUCACCAAGUUGAGGCAUACUAACACCGUACAGUGUAAUGCUGUAUUUUUGUCUGACAUACUUUCAUAAGUAAUUGGCUAUAUUUUAUUUGUUCAAAUUGAAAAGCAAGCUUCAAAAGUCAAACAAGUAAAAAUAGAUUUCAAGAUGACUAGUAUUCAUACAUUGUAAAUAUAUAUUUUGAAAAUGUUUAAUGGUUGACAUUGUUAUUGGAAGCGGAGUCCUGUGGUAUAACCUUUGUUGAUGUUCAAACUUUUACAAUAUUAAAGUCAUUUUGUUGACCAUGAGUGUUUGCUUCAGUGUAAUUUUAUUAGGUUGUACCCCUUUUUUACACAUUUUAUACAUUUCUCAUAUAUAUCUACAUUUUUAUUCCAUUUAGUAUCUCAGAAAUGUUGUAUUGAAUAUCUUGAUAUAUUUAAUUUUCAGAGGCCAUAAAAAUGUUGGAAUUUGGUUCAUUGAUCGUCAGUUCCUUGAUACGAAAGCUCAUUGUUAACUCCCCUGUAUCCAAGGCUGGUAAGUGGAUGCAUUGACAGUCAACAGCUGUGUUACUGGAACUGUUUAAGAAAUGAAUCGGGGGUUUAGUAAUUUCCACCUUUUGGGUCAAUGGAUUUCAUUGAAAUUACAAUGCAAAACCCGUGUAUAGUACUGUCAAAGGCAGUGUAUUUGGACGGUAGAUAUGAAGAUAUAAAGACGGCCAGUGAACUAAAUCGGCUGUUUUAUGGUCUUGUUAUAUAAGAAAUAUUAUUGUGCCAAAUAUUUAGCUCGACUAUUCGAAGAAUAGUCUAGCUAUUCUACUCACCCUGGCGUCGGCGUCGGCGUCACACCUUGGUUAAGUUUUUGCAUGCAAGUACAUACAGCUAUCAUUUAAAGGCAUAUAGCUUUGAAACUUAUUUAUUCUUUUUCUAGGUCAAUUACCAACCUCACUGGGUCAAGUUCCAUAACUCUAACAUGUAUUUUGAGCAAAUUAUGCCCCCUUUUGGACUUAGAAAAUUCUGGUUAAAGUUUUACAUGCAAGUUACUAUCUCCAAAACUAAUGCAGAUAUUGAAUUGAAACUUCACAUGUGUCUUCGGGGUUAUAAAACUAGUUGAUAGCACCAAGUCCCAUAACUCUGACCUUCAUUUUGGCCAAAUUAUGCCCCCUUUUGGACUUAGAAAAUUCUGGUUAAAGUUUUGCGUGCAAGUACAUACAGCUAUUACUAAAAGGCAUAUAGAUUUGAAACUUAUUUUUUCUUUUUCUAGAUCAAUUACCUACCUCACUGGGUCAAGUCCCAUAACUCUGGCAUGUAUUUUGGCCAAAUUAUGCCCCCUUUUGGACUUAGAAAAUUCUGGUUAAAGUUUUGCGUGCAAGUACAUACAGCUAUUACUAAAAGGCAUAUAGAUUUGAAACUUAUUUUUUCUUUUUCUAGAUCAAUUACCUACCUCACUGGGUCAAGUCCCAUAACUCUGGCAUGUAUUUUGGCCAAAUUAUGCCCCCUUUUGGACUUAGAAAAUUCUGGUUAAAGUUUUGCGUGCAAGUACAUACAGCUAUUACUAAAAGGCAUAUAGAUUUGGAACUUAUUUAUUCUUUUUCUAGAUCAAUUACCUACCUCACUGGGUCAAGUUCCAUAACUCUUAACAUGUAUUUUGAGCAAAUUAUGCCCCCUUUUGGACUUAGAAAAUUCUGGUUAAAGUUUUACAUGCAAGUUACUAUCCCCAAAACUAAUGCAGAUAUUGAAUUGAAACUUAACAUGUUUCUUCGGGGUUAUAAAACUAGUUGAUAGCAUCAAGUCCCAUAACUCUGAUAUGUCCCCUUUUGAACUUAAAACUCUUUUGAUAUUUAACAUUUUGGGUAAUAAUUUCCAGCUUCUGUGACAAUAUUUCGAAUAGUCGAGCUUGGCUGUCUUAUGGACAGCUCUUGUUUGAUUUUACAACCUUGCCUGUUAUACAUUAUAUGUUCAGUCUUUGCUUAAUGUUGGCCAGUUACUCUUCUGUAUUUACUACAUAUAUUUUCUAAGUUACAUUAUAGCAGUGUAAGCAUCUGUUUGUGUAGGAUAUAAAAAGAUUUAAUAAAUUUUGUCAUUUUUACUUCAGAAAAGGAAUCAUUUAUAUGUUUGAUCAUCUAAAGUUUACCAAAAGAUAUUUUAGCCAGUACAUUUGAAGAAGCAAAUUAAAGAAUUUUUUAACACGUAUUUAAAUAGGUUUUUAUGUUUGUAAUUGUAGCACAGAAAUGACAAAGGUUAUUUUAAUAUAGAAUGUGAAUUAAGCUACACAAAAAGUACAGUUCUGCUUUAAUAUCAUAAGAAUAUUACUUUUACAAUAUAAAAUAUUUAUUUGCAUUUCACAUUUAAUCAAAGCUGUUUUGAUUACAAAGAUUUUUUGUAUGGUGCAAAGCCUGAUUGUUCUUCAUAAUUUUUGCAUUGGAAAUCUGCCUACAGACAAAAAUAUAUAAUCUUACUUCUGCCUACAUGCUAGAUAUGAGUUAGUGUGCAUUAUAGAGGAAUUUGCAGAAGUUUAAAAGGCCGUAGUCAGUAAUAACUAGUCACUCAAAUGUUAUAAAAGCUUAGAGACCAGUCUCCUAAUGCAGCACUGCUAUUGUUCAGUUUUAAAAGUAUUUUCAGAAACAACCAAUCAGAUGCUGUAGUAUUUGACUGGACUCAAAUAUGAAUUUAAUAACUGCAGAUCAAGAGUUCAAAGUACACAAUCUGUAGAAGUAGUUUUGAGCAUUGCAAGUCUCCAUUUGCAGUUAAGAAAUUGAUUUAUUUUAAUUCUGAUCUGCUGAGCCUAUUCUUAGAUGUACAUUACUCAGUUGAAAUCUGUUUGUUAAACUAUUAUGGUAUGUAACAAAUAAUUUUGGAGACAUUUCUUAAUAAGUUGACAAGUAGGACAAAAAUGUCAGAACUAGAAAUUACACAAACAAGGUUUUACCACAUAUUAUAUGAUGCACAUUAAUUCUGUCUAAAUAUGUCAAGUUCAUUUCUUCCGUACAAUACCUUCUUCCAUUUAUUGUAUUAUAAAUGUUGUGUUGUGCCAUCAGACUUUUUUUUUUUAAGUAUCAACAUUAACGAUUGGUUAAUGAUAACUGUGCAAUCACUUUUCAUCCAAUAGAAUGUUCCCUUCAAAAUGAUCUGAUAAAUUUUGUCGAAAGGAAAACUUUUGAUUGAACAGUAUUUUUAGCAGCUUAUAUCUGCUUGUAAGAAUUUUGAGAUAAAGGGAAUCGAGUAAACUUGCUGUAAGCAUA